ACAUUCCCGACCAUGAGCUCACUAAGGUUCUCCCCUCCUGCUGAAAAAGAGGAGGUCUGCUGGACGGAAAAAGAGGGACUGUGGCUGAACGUUGUUGUGAAAGAGGAGGCAGAGGAGGAUGUCACAAUACAAAAACAAGUGGAGGGUGAGGCUGUUACAGUGAAAGAAGAAGAGAAAGACGUUUCAGUUAAAGAAGAAGAAGACGCGUUCAGAGUGAAAGAGGAAGAGGAUGUUACAGUAAAAGAAGAGGAGGAAGAGGAUGAUGCAUGUUUUCGAGUGAAAGAGGAGGAGGAGGAGAUGACUGUGACAUUGAAAAAAGAGGAGGAAACUGGAUAUCUGGGCUCGGUUUCCCAAAGACAUGUUAAGGCAUCCAAUGGUUCUAAAGUUGAACGGGCCCUGAUUAAUACUAGAGAGAGACAGGACUAUCGUGGAUCCUCUGGGGAGUCGACAGGAGAGAGAUGUGAGUAUCCUGGGUCCUCUGGGGAGUCCCAACAACAACAUGAUGCUGAAGAGGCAGAGAAGAGUCUCUUCAGAUCAGAACACCUCAAGAAACACCAGCAGAGACCCACAUUGACGAAUCCUUACUGCUGCUCUGACUGUGAGAAGAAUUGCAAAUCUUCAUCAGAACUUAAAAUACACCAGAGAAUCCACACAGGAGAAAAGCCGUACCACUGCUCUCAUUGUGGAAUGAGUUUCUCUAGAUCAUAUUCAUUGAAAACACACCUGCUAAUUCACACAGGAGAGAAAUCUUAUAGCUGUACUCAAUGUGGAAAGAGUUUUACUACAUCUUCCAAUCUGACUAAACACCAGAAAACACACACAACAGAGAAACCUUAUAGCUGUGAUCAAUGUGGGAAGAGUUAUGGUACAGCUAGCUAUCUGACUUUACACCAGAGAACACACACAGGAGAGAAAUCUUACAGCUGUGAUAAAUGUGAUAAGAGUUAUGUUACAUCUAGCUCUCUGACAGUACACCAGAGAACACACACAGGAGAGAAACCAUUUAGCUGUAAUCAAUGUGGGAAGAGUUUUACUACAUCUAGCUCUCUGAAGGUACACAAGAGAACACAUACAGGAGAGAAACCCUGUAGCUGUACCCAAUGUGGAAAGAGUUUUACUAGGUCAAGCUCUCUGCAAAUGCACCAGAGAAUACACACAGGUGAGAAACCAUAUAGCUGUAAUCAAUGUGGGAAGAGUUUUACUCAGCCAAAUGGACUGAUAUUACACCAGCGCACACACACAGGAGAGAAACCAUAUAGUUGUACUCAAUGUGGGAAGAGUUUUAUACAGCCAAGCUGCCUGAAAGUACACCUGAGAACGCACACAGGAGAGAAAUCUUAACACUGCUCUGACUGCGACAAGAGUUUUGUUAGCUUAAGUGAUUUAAAAUCGCACUAGAGAACACAUACACAGGAGAGAACCCUUAUAGCUGUGAUCAAUGUGACAAACGAUACUUUGAUAAAAGAUCUCUGAUCAGACAUCAGAAAAUACAUAAAUGAAAGUUGUUUUAAUAAUGUCACAAUGUAGAACCUAAACGUUUGUCCCCUGUUCUAUUGAUUUCAACAUGAUAUGGAUAUUAGCCUCACAGAAAAAUCCAGGCUCUGAAUUGAAAGAGUACUAUUUAUAUGAUUUAACAAAAAGUGACGUUACACUUACCACGUUGGUGACCCACUUGAAUCAAAAUGCAACACUUCAAAAUGUACAGUUGAAGUCGGAAGUUUACAUACACCUUAGCCAAAUACAUUUAAACUCCGUUUUUCACAGUUCCUGACAUUUAAUCCUAAUUAAAAUUCCCUGUUUUAGGUCAGUUAGGAUCACCACUUUAUUUUCAGAAUGUGAAAUGUCAGAAAAAUAGUAGAGAGAAUGAUUUAUUUCAGCUUUUAAUUAUUUCAUCACAUUCCCAGUGGGUCAGAAGUUUACAUACACUCAAUUAGUAUUUGGUAGCAUUGCCCUUAAAUGUUUUAACUUGGGUCAAAUGUUUUGGGUAGUCUUUCACAAGCUGCCCACAAUAAGUUGGGUGAAUUUUGGCCCAUUCCACGUCAAAGAGCUGGUGUAACUGAGUCAGGUUUCUAGGCCUCCUUGCGCGUACACACUUUUUCAGUUCUGCCCAAAGAAUUUCUAUAGGAUUGAGGUCAGGGCUUUGUGAUGGCCACUCCAAUACCUUGACUUUGUUGUCCUUAAGCCAUUUUGCCACAACUUUGGAAGUAUGCUUGGGGUCAUUGUCCAUUUGGAAGACCCAUUUGCGACCAAGCUUGAGCUCUGUCCUGGGCAGGUGCUCUAUCCAAGUUUUAACUUCCUGACUGAUGUCUUGUUGCUUCAAUAUAGCCACCAAAUUUUCCUUCCUCACGAUGCCAUCUAUUUUGUGAAGUGCACCAGUCCCUCCUGCAGCAAAGCACAAACAUAACGAUGGUCAUUAUGGCCAAACAGUUCUAUUUUUGUUCCAUCAGACCAAAAAGUACGAUCUUUGUUCCCAUGUGCAGUUGCAAACCGUAGUCUGGCUUUUUUAAGGCUGUUUUGGAGCGUUGGCUUCUUCCUUGCUGAGCGGCCUUUCAAGUUAUGUCAAUAUAGGACUCGUUUUACUGUGGAUAUAGAUUAUUUUGUACCUGUUUCCUCCAAAAUCUUCACAAGGUCCUUUGCUGUUGUUUUGGGAUUGAUUUGCACUUUUCACACCAAAGUACGUUCAUCUCUAGGAGACAGAACGUGUCUCCUUCCUGAGUGGUGUGACGGCUGCGUAGUCCAAUGGUGUUUAUACUUGCGUACUGUUGUUUGUACAGAUGAACGUGGUACCUUCAGGCAUUUGGAAAUUGCUCCUAAGGAUGAACCAGACUUGUGGAGGUCUACAAUUUUUUUCUGAGGUCUUAGCUGCUUUCUUUUGAUUUACCAAUGAUGUCAAGCAGAGGCACUGAGUUUGAAUGUAGGCCUUGAAAUACAUCCACAGGCACACCUCCAAUUGACUCAAAUUAUAUCAAUUAGCCUAUCAGAAGCUUCUAAAGCCAUGACAUCAUUUUUGGGUAUUUUCCAAGCUGUUUAAAGGAACAGUCAACUUAGUGUAUGUAAACUUCUGACCCACUGGAAUUGUGAUACAGUGAAUUAUAAGUUAAUUAAUAUGUCUGUAAAUAAUUGUUGGAAAAAUGACUUGUGUCAUGCACCAAGUAGAUGUCCUAACCGGCUUGCCAAAACUAUAGUUUGUUAUCAAGAAAUGUGUUGAGUGGUUGAAAAAUGAGUUUUAAUGACUAAGUGUAUGUAAACUUCCGACUUCAACUGUAGCUAGCUGUUUACCACGUUGGUGACCCACUUGAAUCAAAAUGCAACACUUCAAAAUGUAGCUAGCUGUUUUCUACUAAGUUGUCCUCUAACCAGUGAUGUACACAUUAUUCCCAGAUUUCAUGUGGUUUUUGAGCUGUUAGGUUUAACAGGACGUGCAAUCUCAUCUCCCCCUUUUUCGCGCAAUUGAUUUCAACGUGAUCUCGAUGAGUGAUGACAAAUAAGUGUUGCGUUCCUUUGUUUAGCGACCCCUACAUUUAAAUGCAUCACUCCAAAAUGUGGCUGACUGCCUUCUCCAGGUUGUCCUCUAACCAGUGAGGUAAAAGAUAUCUCCCAUUUCCAUGUGUUUUUGUUUAGUUGUGUUAGUUUCAACAGCAUGUAGAACUGAUUUCCCCCGUAAUCGAUAUCAGUGAUGUAUUGCUACUUGUAAAAAACAACAGCGUUUCUGGUGCUUGUGCAGUUUAAAAGGUAAUAUGUGUAAAUAAUAGAUUUAAUGUUUAGGUUUUCAAUUUAUCACAAACUGUUUCUGCAUAUUAGUUGUUGAUUUGGACACCCCACUUAAUGUAAUUGAAAAGACGUUGAAAAUAAGACUAUGCCCAAUACAUGCUCGGUUGUAGUUGAAAGUGAAAAUUGAGAUGUUUUUCUGGUCGUUUUUUCAAUGACUUGAAAACAACUUAAUUUCAACGUACUUGCAGCCUAUACACAUGGACGCAGUAUAAGAAAUUGGUCUAUUAUCAAUUGUAUUAACAAUCUUACAACACCACUAUUUCUUGACAACAUUCAAUUGGAAAUUGUCUUUAUUCUAAAAUCACCUUAUAUUUCAAACAUCAGCCUGACAAAAGACAUGUUUUAUUAUUCCAUGCCUCACCAUUACGUUAAUUAUUGCCAAAACAUAUUAACAAAGGGGUGUACAUUUGGUUUUGAUGUUUCAUAUUUACAAUUCAUGUAACAUUUAGUAAUCAUAAUUGUUUAUGCAACAAACUGACAAUAUUUGGGUACAAUUAUAUUGACAUUGUUGCCCUGCUUUUAGAAUAUCAGGGUUCAUUCUCAGAUGUGCAAAUCCAAAUGUACUAGAGCAUGACAUUGGGGACUGGGCCCCGAUCCAACAACAUGCCUGUUGAGUGAACCCUGAAAAGAGAAAGAAUCUCCACAGUGAGGUGGAAAGUUACUACAGAUAUUGCAGGAGUUUCCUCUUGAAAUCAGACAUGUCUGUGGUAAGGACAACUUGGUUGCUGAUUGUCUCUGGGGUGGGCAGUCAAAAAGAUUUGUGUUGUGAUCACAAUUUGUUUUGGUUGCAUGUUUUUCCGUAUUGGAGAUGAUGUUUGUUUGGGCUCGUUCCAAGGGGACAAGAGUUCUAGAAGCUAGCUAGUUUUAGGAAGACGAGAGUUCUAGAAACGAGUGAGUUUUUCAAAAAAUAAGAUUGUAGAAAAAAUAUAUAUAUUUAGACGUGUUUUUUCCUGUUUUUAAUUGUUGACAGCCAGUAGACACCAUGUUUAUAUUGGUGAAGCAUUGUAGUUGAUUAAUGUGAAAUGUUGUUUUCUGUAGGAGGUGAGCAAAUUUGUCCAAGAAAAAUAUGGGAUAUAUUUGUUCUCUUAAGGUGUUACAGGCUUUGGUUUUUCCAUUUUUGUUUUGAGGUUGGACUUUAGCACGUAUAGCUCGUUAGCACGUAUGACGCACUGAUUGGUGUCACCUCGUUAGUCAGUAUGUGUUACACCAGUGCUGGCUUGUCCAUCUUGUUAGUGGGAAGGUGUUUCACCUGAGCUGGUCCAGGUUAUAUAUAAGACUGUCUGGCCCAGUGCUCCAGUUGUCUUGAUAGAUGUGGAGAGUCAACACCUUUAGUUGCUCCACCUUUUUGGAUAAAGAUGUUUUCAUUUCAGGUUGAAGCUUCUUUCUGAAGAGAGCUUAUUUUUUGAAAAUGAAUCAAUACAAGCAAACAAGAUCGUUUCCGGGGAUUGGUAUGGCAAAUACCUUACGAUUUGCCUGGACUGAAAAGGAGAUGGAACCGUGGAGUAGAGAGACAUUUGGAAGGACCAUUUUGAUGGGAUGCCUCAGGAUAGAGGUGAAGGAAGUGCUCUGCCUUCAAGGGAACCCGAAUGAGAAGGCUUUCGAUGUGACGUUUCACAAAGAAGAAAAACAUGACGAAGUAAUGAAGAUGGCAAAGGAAGCGGAGAAAACGGGACCCCUGUGCCAUUAUGCGGUGACCAGCCUGGCGAAGAACAACUUCAGGGUGGUCACCGUAACCAUGUACAAUCUGCAUGUGAAGGAUGAAGAGGUGAGGGCCUUUCUGGGGAGAUAUAUGGACAAUGUCUCCUCAGCGAGGUACCUCAGGGACUCCCUGGGUUUCUGGAACGGAAAGAGAGGUUUCCAGGCGUUA